CCAACCUCAUCACAGAUCUUCUGCACUUCUUCAUUGGCGUCCUUCGCCUCGGUGGUCCCUCCGCACAACAAAGGCAUCUUCUCUGUCUGGAAGUAGAAGUAGAUGGAAUAGUUUGGUCUAAUGUUCCCCAAGCUCUCCUGAAGUCAGCAGACGCGCGGAAUAUAACCCCUGAUGCCACUCCCAAAAAUGAUCUGACAGGAAAUACGUGCCAAACAAAACAACGACCAAAAAUCAAUACCUGCACAAUAAUGGGAGCCCAUAGCAUCACCCGUAUAGCUGUUAUAGUAAUCUCGGUUGUGGUCUAUAUAGCCGGGAUCACGUUUAACAUCCUCUCUGCACGAGGGACGGGUCCUUUCUUGAAGACGACCGCGAACAUCUCUGACACAUACAACACACAAAUCACUCCGUCCGGAUGGACCUUCUCGAUCUGGGGUGUCAUCUAUUUCUGGUUAACUGCAAUGCUUAUCUACAUUGUGUCUACUAUAUUCAGAAGGAAUGCUUUCGGACCGAUGUAUUGCAGCCACUCGGUUUUGACGUACGGCUUUUUCAUCUGCUGGAUCCUGAAUGUUCUGUUUAACAUUAGCUGGCUUCUGCUGUGGGACAGAGAGGUGAUGAUCGCAGCAUUGAUCUUUCUUGCUUUUGUUGCCUUCACAAACUACACAAUGAUUUUUUUCUCCUGUCGUGGUCUUAAAGAAAACAGCGCCUGGUUAUACAAGUAUCACAACAAGGAUCUCUGGUGCAUUCGUAUUCUGGUUCAGAACGGCCUGGCCGUGUACGCGACGUGGACAUCCAUCGCUACGCUGAUUAACUUGACCAUAGUGGUGAGCUACAAUGCUGGAAUGAGCAAAUCAGAUGCAGCGACGCUGUCACUCUCACUGCUUUUAGCAGAGGUCCUUAUUUGGUUUGUUCUGGAGAACAGUUUGCUUGACAAGCACGUACGCUACAUCCUCACCGUCUACCCCGUCAUCAUCGUCGCCUUAUCCGGAAACAUGACCAAGAAUUUUGAUGCUUCAGCUCCUGGAAUCAACAGUGUGUUUACAGCCUCGCUGCUGGCUUUAGCCUGUGUGCUGUUUGCAGUAAAAGUGUGUUUGGUCGUCUGGAGGCACAUAAAACAUCCUCUUUAUAGCGACACACACACACAGGAAGUCACUUCACAGAUGGAGAGUGCUUCAAAGCAGUAACCUCUCUUAACAAGCGCAGUAAAUCUGCACCUGCACCAAUUGCUAUUAUAUAUAAAUGAAAUUUUAAUUCGGAAUAAUGUAAUGAUAUUUGAAUGAUUUGUGUAAUUGUGAAGCUGUUAAAGCACCCUGAAACACAUAUGAUAUCUAUCUAUCUAUCUAUCUAUCUAUCUAUCUAUCUAUCUA